AUGCCACCAAUUGGUGUUUACACUGGCCAAAUGUAUGCGAAUGCCGACAUUCCAGAACCAUUCAGUCUCUGCCCUCACAGUCGCAAAUGCGUGAAAGGUGUAGCUAUAGCUGCUGGCGCCACUAUCGUUUUUUUCCUCUGCGUCGGAGUUGGAAUCAUCAUUCACUAUAAUUUUUACUGA